GGCAGACGUGUAAAGUGCAAACCGCAUUUUGAUACCGCGUUCUGUAAUAACUCUCCUCCAAGAUCGCGCCCUCACCGCGACCUCAUGGCGAUCAUCGCGCCCUCAUCGGUGUUUCAAGUCAUCCCUCGCCCAUCGCGACUGAUUGGCCCAGCCUUGCCCACCCGUCCUUAACUGGCCGCAUCGCCAACAACCGUUCGCAGCCAGGAAAAAACAGGCAAUUGGGUGUCCCAGCCCCGCGAAUUUGUUAGUUGGGCACUGUGGUGAGAAGGCGACUGGCCAGUCAUCGUCGUCGGGGAGGAAUUGUGAGGUGUCGCAAAGGUAAUGGGCUUGGUGGAAUGCUUGUACCUGUACUUUUUGGUAGGAGAAUUGUAAAAGGGAGUGGCUGGGCUUUCGUGAUACUCGAGUACAGGUACAGUUCUUCGUGGUACAGUUGUACCUCUUAUCUGCUUCGCUACAACUUCACUUUCAACCCUUCUGUUCACUUACUACUUCUGCUUCUCUACGUCUUAUUUACCUUCUUAAUCUAUUUGCUGAAGGCGAAAUUAUAUUCAUUCUGUCGCUCUCCUAUUCUUCUAUUUCCAAGGAACUUCACAACUCUCCCAGAGAGCUUGUUGUGUUAUCGUGAUACUGCGACAGCCUCCCCGAGUCACCUCGCCCGCCGUCGCAGUGACUGAGAAACACCAGAGCGCAGAACACCUCUGCGAUGCUCUUUACGAUAAACAACGACAUCAAAUUCUCCCUCAUCGCAAUCGACAUCGCCCCCAGCACCGCCAUCUGCCUCUCCGCCGUCCUCGCCGGCUACUACUACCUCCUCCACAUCCGCGCCCACCCCCGUCCCCUCCCCCAAAUCGCCCACUUCGAUCUCCCCCCAGCCGACGCCAACGACCAUGACAACCAUCUCCGAGCUCGGCGACCUCUUCGACGACCAUCCCUCCUUGGACGCAUCUCUGGCCGACUUCGAACCCGGAAGCAGCGAGCCCGCUCACAGCCCGCGCUUCCCGCCCCUCCAAAUCACCCGCAACAACAACUACAACCACCUCUUCCCUUCGCAGCACUCUGGUUUCCGCGAGCCCUCAGACUCGGAGGACGAUCCGAUACGCCCGGACUCGUCGGGGGGGUACAGCCCGCCCGCGUGGCGCCGCAACGGGGGCGCAAGAAGCUCAGGCUUCUGGAAUAGACGCGAUAAUAUCCUUAAUCGCGGCGGCGUGAGUAGGGAGGUUACGCCUGAGACGUGGGAGAGUGCUGAGGAGGGAGAUGCGACCCUCGCAGCUGCGGUGCGGGUGCGUCUGCCCACUGGGAGUUUGAGUCCUGAGAAGCGGCGGAGUCCGAGUCCAGAUCCGUUUAUGAGUGGGGGGGAUUUUGGGGGCUCGUUCGGCGCCGUGAAGAAAGAGGAGGGUAGCAAGGUGGUUCCGCUGGCGACUAUCCCCGAGAAUCCUAAUAAUUACAUCCGCUUUGCCGUGCGAGCAGAGGUACAGCACCGGACCGAGCCGUUUGAGAACGCGCUGGCGGUAGCGACACGUAAAUUCGACAGCGUGACCAAAUCCUGGACCUCGCUCAUCACCACCAUCCUCGUGGGAUUCAUCUCCCUCCUGGCCGUCAAAUCGAUAUUCACCCCCGCCGCACCCCUCCCCGUCCCAGACCUCGUCAAAGUCGCCAGUCUCGCCAAGGCCUUCGAGCCCCUAAUCUUCUACUCAGAGCAUGGCAUCCAGCAAAUCGCCGACCUGCAAGCCACCAGCGUCGCCGUCUGGGACCUCGGCGAGUCUGUUCGCUCCGCCAACAUGACCUCCGCCCCAAUCAUCGUGCGAGAGCUCGACGGCCUGAGCGAUUCCCUGAAGACCCUCGCUAUCGAACUCACCCGCUUCUUCGCCAAUGUAGAUGGUGAUGUCGACGGAAUACUAAUCGUCAUGGACUGGGCCAAGCGCGAACUAGCUGCCCUCCCUGCCGCACCGCCAUCCCCGCUUUCUGCGCUCGCUACAAACACACACACCCUCCUCAGUCGACUGCACGUCCUCGAGUCAUCUCCAGGUAACCCGACAGCCUUGGGCCACGCGGCGCUUGCACUCUUCGGCCCGACGCCCCCGCAGCGCACGGCUGCGGCGCUGGGUCGCGCAUUCCGCGAGUUCGUGGGCGUGCUAGAAGAGGCAAUCCAGGCGGAGCUUGAGCACGCCGCCGCGCUAUUCGCGCUUUUUGAGGCAGUGGAUCGACGAUUCCUCAAUGUUGCCCGCGCAGUGGCUCGGGAGAGCGAUGAGCAGGAGCGUGGAGAGAGCGAGAUGCUGGCGAGUUUGUGGACGAGAGUCUUAGGCGGGAAUGCAGCAGGGUUGCGCAAAUUCGAGAUGAAUAGGCGAUUACUGGGGAGUGUGAGGGAGAGGACGGUCAGGAAUAAAAGGGUGCUUGUGGAUCAUAAUGGGAAGUUAUUAGCACUGAGGGCGAAUCUCGAGAUGUUGAGGAUGAGGCUUGUUAGUCCGCUUGUGAGGGCAGGGGAGGGGAGCACGAUUGGGGUGGAGGAGCAGAUUAGGGGGUUGGAGGGGACGUAUGAGUAUUUGAGGGGGGUGAGGGAGAAGCAGAAGGGGAGGUUGAUGGAGGUGCUUUAUGGGUCUGGUAAGGGGAGGUCGAGGAUUGUGGGGGACGACGAGGGGAGGGAGAUUGACGGGGGGUGGGAGAGGAGGUAGCUUUGGUGGGUGUUGCUGGAUUUGGAUUUGCUGGGGGCGCUUUAAUAGGAUAGGGGGGGCUGGCAUGGAGUUUUGUUUAUGUUUAUGGAGUACGGUGGAUGGGAGAGUGUGGGGAUAUAUUAUGGCUGUAUAUGUGAUGAAGGGCUGGCGGAGUACAUAGAUGGAAGCUGUAUUGGCUACUGAGGAUAGAUGACACUUGAAUCCAAAUAACUCAACAUGAGUAUCCCAACUAUGACCCAUGAUUGCAGA